AUGAGAAGAAAAACCCGUGUGCGUCCAACCAAUCGAUUUACGUCUUUCAAAGCCAACAAUCAUUCAACAACAAGCCCUCUCUAUUACUUUUAUCCCACUUUUAAUGGUUGUUGGACCAUGAUGAUUCUGCCAAAACCACAUUCGGAGGAUGGAUCGGAACAAAAGAUUAUUCAUGAUUCCAAACAAUUCUUUCAAAAUACGGAAUUCAAUGAAGAAAAAGUUGUUGCUGAUAGUGUCGGAGUGAUUAUUAAAAAUAAUGAGGAGGACGAGACAACUGACCAUGUUCAUCAUGAUGAUGAUAUUGCCACUUCCCAUUUUCAUCAUCAAAAUAAUGAUCUCACUUCAAAAAGAGAAUUAUCCUUUGAAGAGUGGCGUCUCAUAGCAAGUUUUCUUUCAAGAACUGUUGCUUUUCAUUCUCUUGCAAGUGUAAACAUGAUAUGCAGAUUUGCUGUAUUGUCUUGUCAUUUCGUUCAAGACAGAAUGUGUGCUGAAUCAUUUGUUGUGCGAUGGAUGGUCGAUGUAAAGGCAAGCAGUACUUGUACGACAAAUACUGCACUACUGCUUCCCAAUGAUCGAUUACAAAGCAUGUUACAACCUUUGCAUGAUUGUAAUUUGUACGAUUUGAAUUGUUUUGUUCAUCCAGAAGAAAAAAAGAAUUUUCAACAUGACAGCUAUUCGCUUCUUCCAAUUCCAAAUUAUUACUCAAAGACAUGUAUGGAAUAUGCCUGCCAAUAUGGAUUCACUUCAUUGAUUGAUCAACUCUUUGAAAAGCCAUUUCUCUUGACAUUGGAUGCUGCACAUCGAGAUCACUGCUUGACCAUUGCUUUCGAACAUGGCAAUGAUGAUGCCGCAAAGAGACUCAUCUCGCUGUCCAUUCACAGAUUAGCCCAAGCAUUGGAAACAAUUUCAGAGCAAAAACAGGGUAUCAACCUUGAAGCUUACACAACCAUGCUGACUCGCUCACGUCACUCUCCAAAAGCAGGAAUGGUCAUUGAGAUAUAUGCAUAUCUAGAGGAAGAACUGGACAAAGCUCUCCCUUCUGAAUUGGCGGACAUAAUUUUAACUGGAUCGAUCGAAGAAUUCUUUACGAGGGCUUGUUUUAUCACUCUUCUCAAAAAGAACUAUUGGGACAGUGCUUUGUUUGUAUUAAGAAAAUACAUAAGCAACAAUCGUAACAACUUGGCCAACCGUGCACAAGAGGCUGUCAUUUCCAUGUUCAAUGUUACAUUUCUUAAAGCUUUUUCACAGCACCAUGUUCUUAGUACGGACAAUAUGUUGUGGUUUUUAAAUCACUUAUCAAAAGAGCUUGGCAAUUAUACGGACAAACCUAAUACUAUUAUUUCAGUAAUUGCUCACUCAUACAUGUUGCUUCAUGGUGAUGAUAUUGAUCAUUAUUGUGACUACUUGAGUCAGUAUAGUUCAAGAGAUGAGACAAAGGACGCUGAAUUAAUUGAAUUGUCUAUUAAUGAUGGUAUUUUAGUACCAUGGAACAGAGUUUUUCGUCUUGCUCCUCCACCAUUUACUGCAUUAUGUAAGGUAUUGACCGAACGAAAUGAUGGCGCCAUCUCUGCACUUUUUCUAAAACAAUUUGGCCCAUGUUUGAACGAGUAUUAUUCCGAUGAGUUAGCUCAGUAUUUUUUUGAAAAUUUGAUCAUGAUGAGACACUUUGUGGAACACGUUCCAUAUUUAUUAACCAACCAAGUUCAGCAACGCCUUGCAUUUUUGUUUCUUUCACAGGAUCAAUUAGACUGGGCAGGAAUCAUGGUUCUGAUACAACGUGAUAGUGCUCUCUUUUCGGAGUUUAUCAAAACUAUUUUAGAAAAUGCAAAAGGAAAUGUGUUGCAACAGUUCUGUGAUCACAUCACAGCCAUGAUAAUAACAACUGAUCAAAAUGUUGAAAUGUUGAAUGACCAUCUCGGAAGAUGCAAUGAUAUAGUACAUUCGGCUCAUGGCCAAGAAUUUUCAAUAACAGAGGAAAGUUGUGACAACUCUGAUAGGAUCAUCAUAUUCGAAACUGCGGCAGUUCUCAUGUAUUGCGCAAAAAUGGGAGUCAAUCAUUUAUUUCAAUUCAUUACAGAGCAACGAAAAGGUGCAAUUUGCAAUUUUCCACAAGUAUUUCCAUCAAUAUAUCACUCGAUCACUGACAUGGGAAAUAUUGAGCAUGUAAAUUUGAGAAGAGAGUUUCAUUUAGUGUCCCACUCAACAGAAAUUUUAAUAUUCAUUUCUCGACAUUCAAUUUUGAGAAAAUAUUUGAAUUUAUUGGCCUCUGUAUGGUCUUUACCUUCCUCCAGUAUGCAACAAAACGUUCCAAGCUUUUUUAAAUCCAUAACAAGUAUUCAUCAUCCUCUUGACAGAAUCUCUGUAUUGAAAGAAUAUUCUUUGAGCGAAAAUGACAUUACUGAAAUGAUUUCACUUUACCUCUCAAAGAAUGCAAUGGGAAAAUUUAUUAAUUUAAUUCAUCUUCCAACCUUCACGAUGAAUCAUUUAACGCAAAUUCCAAAUUCAUAUUUAUUCCACUCCAAUUCACUUGACACAAUCUCCAAUUUACGAGCAUUUGUAGAUUUCUUGUGGAAUAAUUUUGAGAGCGAUCAAGCAAAACUCAAGUUCAGAGAAUUCUUUUGUUUCAUUCAUGGAGAACUAUAUGAAAACAAACAUCUCACACACAUUAUGAAAUAUUACAAGGGCAAAUAUUUAGAAAUGGUUGAAGAGAUCAUUUAUGACAUGUUGUUAGACGACAAGUAUUUUGAAAUCAUUUCUUGCUUUAAAUCUAAUUUAUCUAGUACCUCUGUCUCUGGCCUUACUGAUGAAUUGAAAUUGGAAUUCCUCAAAAAAGUUUGUGAAGGAAAGGAAUUUGAGGAGCCAAAUUUUGAGCUGCAUGAUUUUGACAGGCUGAAGCGUGUAUUUCAAGAAAAAUCAAAUCUUUCCAAACACCAUUUUAAAUCAUGGAAAAAGAUCAUACUCUCCUUCACCAAGGUCGAAGAAGCAGAUCAUGUUUCAAAAUUGUUGGAUGAAAUCGAUCCUGUUCUGAAACAGAAAAAAGAAUUGAAACAACAACAACUUGACUUUCCAAUCCAAGAUUCUGAAACAGUUUUGGCAGAAGAACGAGAUAAGAAAGAAAAGGCCUUGUCGCAAUGUGACUUGAGCAAAUUCAACUUUUCCUUCAGUUCAGGAGCUUUUUCAUUCGCGCCUACUGUGAAUCUUUUUUCGAAAUUUGCUUCCAUCCAGAGAGAACAAGAUUCCAAUGAACAACCACCCAAUGAAAUCAAUAUCACUCCAUUUUCCACACUGAAUAUUCAAUUCAAGAACUGA